GUUGACGUAAUUUGUUUUUUUAGUUGCAAAAAUUCAGGUUAUUAGACUUUUGUCAUUUUAUAUUUUUCAAUUUUGCAGUAUAACAGAAAAUUCUUGCAAUAUAAGGCAUUCUCCUAGAGACUUAUUACAAUCAAAUACUAUCAGAAUGGGAAACGAAAUGUCUUCAACUGCAAUGGAAAGUAUCCUUUUCGACACAAAUGCAUCCUUGUAAUGUUUUCUAAUUUUAUGUAUUUUCCUUAACAUAUUUAUCGUAGAACACUUGUUCAAUCUGAAAUUCGCAGCCAAGGAACUCGAACGCAACUCAAAACGAUGCGAGAAAGAAGAAAAGCAAGAAAAAGCGAAGACAAAGCAAGCAAUACAGAAAGGAAACAUGGAGGUGGCUCGGAUUCACGCAGAAAAUGCAAUACGACAGAAAAACCAAUCCUUAAACUAUCUUCGCAUGUCUGCUAGGGUAGAUGCAGUCGCCAGUAAAGUCCAGUCAGCAGUAACAACUAGAAAAGUCACAAACUCGAUGGCUGGUGUUGUGAAGGCCAUGGAUGCAGCUAUGAAGAGCAUGAAUUUGGAGAAGAUAUCGAAUGUCAUGGACAAAUUUGAACAACAGUUUGAGGACCUUGGCGUCCAGACUGAUGUGCUGGAGAAUACUAUGGGGCAAACAACAACAACCCUCAUACCACAAAAUGAUGUUGAUUCACUAAUGCAGCAAGUUGCUGAUGAAGCUGGCUUGGAACUGAACAUGGAACUCCCAGAAGGUCCUCAAGGCAGUACAAUCGGCUCGCCUACCCAAGUAUCUCAAGAGCAAGAUGAAUUAACACAAAGAUUGGCUAGAUUGCGACAAACAGAAUAAAAUAAUGAUUGCAGUGUUUAAAAUUUGUGAUAUAGCUUUUAUUUACAUAAUCAACUUAUUAUUAUUAAAGUACUUUAAAUGCUCAUUUAUAUAUAUAUAUAUAUAUAUAUAUAUAUGUUAUUUGAAUUUAGAAUAACAUUUCACAUUAAUUAUGCAUAAUUAUGGGUUAUUUUAUGAGGAUGAGAAAGUUUUACUUCCACAAAUGUGUUAUUCUAAAUAUGAAUUAAGGUCAGUUAACAAUAAGUUUGUUUUAUACUACAAAAUGUAUUAUAUAUUUUAGCUUAUUUUGUAUAGUAAAAAAUAAAUCCUG